CUCUCUUUCUCUAUCUCUCACGCUUGCCCACACACACAAAUUGAGAGUGCAUUCUGAGGCUGUGGGUCUUUGUAUUUUGGCUGCUUGGCUUACCGUAGACAUGAGCGCAGCAGGGGUGUGCCGAGGCUUCCUAAAGAAGUACGGUGGUUUCAUGUUUAAGCAGUGGAAGGAGAAGUAUAUAGUGCUGACUGUGGAAGGAAGCCUGUUUGUGUGUAAAGAUGCUGAUUCUCCUCCAGAUCAGGUAGUGGUGCUACAGAGUGACUGCCACUCCAUAGUGGAGGGCAAGGAGAUCUUGGAUCUGCCCCGUUUGCCCCCUGGUGGGCGCAGGGACUGCUGCUUCGCUCUAAUUCUGCCCCAGGACAAGUUCCUGCUGUUGCUUUCAGAUGACCCUGAUGACUGUAGUCAAUGGCUGAAACUACUGAGGAAAGUCAAAGAGGGUGUGACGUCACCGCUGACCCUGCAGCGGCAGCAAAGCAUCGUCCCCUGCAUCACAGACAGAGACCCUCUUCCAGACACCCCCACUGAGAAAGAGCCCUCCUCGCCCGUCUUCAGCGACAAACCCAUCAACUCCCCGCGUACCCAGUCCAGAGAGAACUCUUUCAGGAGCAGAGGCAGCGUACGCCAACGGCAAGCCCGCAGCCCUUCAGUGGUGCCGCCCCAUCGCUCCAACGACUGUCUGCGCCACGGAAAUAGCAGCGACGCUCGGGCUGUGAGGGCGGUCUGUUUGCUGAUGGGUGGAGCUGCUGCCUCGUCAGCACUGGGGUACAUCAAUUCCUGCUCGCCCGCCUCCAGCAUGGCAGCCCGGGCUCCAGAGAUCACCCACUCUACUGCUUUCUCAGAGCUCGGCGGAGGCACUUCAUACCACGCCUGCAGCCAGGCCGUCGACUCGCCUCAUUUUAACAGCUUCGACUUCGAGGGCGACUCCGACUUCGAUGCGUUUGACUGUGGAGGUUUUGCGUUCUAAAACAGCAGAAUGACGCUGUCAUGUGUCCUGUGUCAGUGCAGAUGUUAAAGGUGCUUCACUGGAAAGCGGCAAGCAGAUGUUGCGACUUAGCUGCAAAUGCUACGGUGCACUGGUUCUGUACAGGUUAUGUAGGUUGAUCAAGCACAACUAGUUACUACGGGAGAGUUCCAGGGUAUGGAACGCGUCAGCUUGAAGGAAUACUCCAGCAUUUUUGCUCUAUACUCAUCUUCUGCAUCUGUAGCAUGUGGUUGAUAUUCACUGACAGUAAUGUCUUGUUUUGUUUGCCAUUAAUCAUAUUUAUUAAUCACCAUUCUUAAUUCAGUUGUAGUGAUUGGAUCAUGAUACAGCAUGUUCACACUGGGCCUUUUCAGAUGGUGCUUCUGCAUCAAGUUAUGGGCUGCAUGUUGGCGACAAGCUGGCAAACUAUGUGUCACGAUACAGGGGUUACAAUUUAUUAUAUUGCAAUAUUGUAAGCAAGUAAAUACAGCUCUGGUAAAAAAUAAGAGACCAUUUAAAAAUGAUGAGUUUCGAUCAAGAAGACGAUGAAUGAUCACAAGCCAUCAAACCAAGCUGAACUGCUUGAGAUUUUGCACCAGGAGUGGCAUAAAGUUAUCCAAAAGCAGUGUGUAAGACUGGUGGAGGAGAACAUGCCAAGAUGCAUGAAAACUGUAAUAAAAAAACAGGGUUAUUCUACCAAAUAUUGAUUUCUGAACUCUUUAAACUUUAUGAAUAUGAACCUGGUUUCUUUGCAUUAUUUGGGGUCUGAAAGCUUUUUUUGUUAUUUCAGCCAUUUGGAAUGUUGUCUAUAGUUUAUAAAAUAAAACAAUAUGUUAAUUUUAUUUAAACAUAUACCUAUACAUAGCUGAACUGAAGUGGUCUCUUAUUUUUUCCAGAUCUGCAUAUGAUAUAUUGCAUUUAUUUUAUCUAAAAAAUAAUUAAAUACAUCAUCAUAUUUACAAAAUCUGAGUACAAGAAAACUUAAAAUUUUAUCCAAACAGAACAGUGGAAUUUGAAGACAACACUGCUACCUACUGGUUGCAGUCUAAAACAAAUCCAUCUUUUAUUUAAAAAUUGUAAAUUGAGUUUUUGGGAAUUGAUAUAGUAUUGUAACACAUAAUACUGCAAUACUUUGAUAUAUUACUAUUUUUUUACAGCCCUAUCAGAUAUUGAUAGAUCAGAUAUUGAUAGAUCAGAUGUUGAUGUGAGGACACAAGUCACUGUUCCACAGGUUCUGUUUUACGUGAGCACUUUCAGCCAGCCCGCCAGUCAGCCAGCCUGCCUCAUGAUGCUAAAUACAGUUAGUGGCAUUUGUAAACUCAGCCCUUUUACUGCAAUUAAAAGUGUGUAAUCUGCUCAGUGUCAUGCUGUGUAUUAAACUCUGUGAUAAUGAUUGACAGUGUAAUAGAUGUGGUUUAUAUGCAGAAACCUGUCACACAUAAAAGUGUCCAAUGGGAGAAUUUCCCCAAUGAACAUAUGCAACUGUCUGCAAUACUAUGAGAUUCUGUUAUUAUUGUUAUUGUUGCUGUGAUUGUUUCUUGAACACGUUCAAAUCUUAAUCUGAGGUAGAAAUUAGAGUUAUUUGUAUUUUAUAUUAUUAUAUGUUCUAUUAUAUGGCCUGUCAUGAUAACUAGGUUUGGUGGAUAUAUGUUGUAAAAUAAAUUAGUGUCAUAACAAUAUUUUUGUCAUUUUAACCAUUUUAUGGGUCAGAUACAGCUCUGGAAAAAAAUAGAGACCACUUGAAAAGAGUAAAAAUAUAAUAAUAAAAUAGAUAAAUACACAAAAUGUAGAAGUAGGGAAGUAACAGCCAAGUCCAAGUGCGAAUUGCUAAAGCAGUUUGGAUGAUUAUGAAUGUUUAUCAGUAACAUGAAAUGUUUUGCACAAGGAGUGGCAUAAAGUUAUCCAAAAGCAGUGUGUAAGACUGGUGGAGGAGAACUAAAAUCCAGGGCUAUUGCACCAAAUAUUGAUUUCUGAACUCUUAAAACUUUAUGAAUAUGAACUUGUUUUCUUUGCAUUAUUUGAGACAUCUCUACAUCUUUUUUGUUAUUUCAGCUAAUUUUCUGUAUAUAAAUGCUCUACAUGACAAUAUUUUUAUUAGGAAUUUGGGAGAAAUGUUGUCUGUAGUUUAUAGAAUAAACAACAAUGUUAAUUUUACUCAAACAUAUACCUAUAAAUAGCAAAAUCAGAGAAACUGAUUCUGUUACCGAAGUGAUCUCUUAAUUUUUCCAAAGCUGUAUUUAGAUGAUAAACCGUGAUAGCAUAUUAAUGCACCUACACCAUUUGAAAGCAGCAGAUUUUUCUUUUAAAUUGAAAGGUUUUUUUUGAAAGAUUUUUGCUUUAAUUAUAGUCUGGAAGAUGUAUUAAUAUAAAAGAAAGUCAAAAAGGCGAUAACAUAAAUAUCGUGACAGGCCUAAUAUGUUCAUUUGUUUAUUCGUCUGUUUGUUCUUAGUCCUAUCCUCAGGUCAAAAUUCUGGGACUAUUCAGAUCACUGGCCUACAUAAAGGCAAUAUUUUUGAUAUGACUGCUAAAAGCAUUAUGAGUAGUUUGGAUUCUGUUGUGACUGCAGAAAUGAUUAUCUGCUGUCCCCGUUCUCUGUGCAGUUUUAUUGUGAUGACUAUGCAGUUCUCAGAGAUGUGUCGACUGCGUAGAUGGUGUUGAAACCCCUCUGUGCUUUACCUGCGCCUCCGUGCUCUGAAGAAGACUUUUCUAUUGGAUUUUAAUGCACUGCAUGAAAUGUAUGUUCUUGAAUAUUCUGUGCUUCUUUUUUUUUUACUCAUUAUCUUGUCCUAAUAUACCCCGUUUCCCAAUCAUGACGUUGUGACCUGCUUUUCUAAAUCCCUUCCACACACUCUGCCCCUGCUGUUACGUAUGUAGGUGUUUGUUUGCGUGGUAUGCGUGUGUGUGUAUGAGUGUGUGUGUGUGUGUAAAGGUGAGUAGGCGGUGCAGUAGAAUAAAGGUUGAUGCUACAGUGA